AUGACGAUUGUUCAAGGCAAAAAGGCGUUGCCUGCCGCCACCAUUCACGACAAGUGCAUGGGAGAUUUCAAGUCGGUCGAAAAGAAGAAAAAGAUUGACUUGGAGGCGACGGGUGACAAGAAAACCAAUGCGCUCUUGGCAUUGCUCAAAUGUCAAGUCAAGGCUUCGUCACAAUGCAAGCCGCAAGAGAAGGAAUACACACUGUGUCACCAAUCCUUCAUGGGAGUGGGUUCCUACAAGGGACAAAAGCAUUGUGGAGGUCCCAUGGAGGCAAUGUACAACUGUAUCCGGGAUGGAGGAGCGAGCUAG